AUGCCGCGCUGGGAGCUGCUGAAAUCACCGCAUCAACAGUUUUUGAAGCUGCUUAGAAACAUUUCAGUAACUUCUCAAAAAUGCACCUGCCUGGAAAUCCACAUUGUAGAUUUUAUUAUGGGGAGUGGAAGUGGUCAUCAGAACCAGGAAGACAGCCUGUGCUUGUUCAGAAAAUUCCUCAACUUCCUCUUCUGCACAUGGUUCUUAGACUUAAUCACCACUGAGUUCUUGGGUGGCAAGAUCAAUAUAGACCAGGCCGUGCAACUGCUCAAUAAGUUUAACGUAUCUUACGACUAUGUUCACUUGAAAAAGUUGUUUAAGCAAAAUGACAGACUGAAGGGUGGAGUCAUUACCAUUGAAGAGUUCAGGGCAAUUUAUCGAGCUAUCGUGCACCGGGCUGAAUUUAACGAUCUCUUUUGUGCCUACUCACCUAACAAAAAGUCCCUACCAGCAGACAAACUGGCUGAAUUUCUAAGAAAGGAACAGUUUGAACUUGGAGCUGGUGAAGGAAGAGCUGUUGCCCUAAUUAACACUUACGAACCUGUAGUAGAAGCAAAGAACAAAAAAGAGAUGACUCUUGAAGGCUUUGCCCGAUACUUGAUUUCCGAAGAAUGCAACCUGUUUAAAGCCGUGCACAAAAAGGUGUAUCAAGAUAUGACCUACCCGAUGUGCGAUUACUUCAUUUCAUCAUCACACAAUACCUACCUGAUAUCUGACCAACUUGUCGGACCAAGUCAUCUCUGGGGUUAUUCAAGUGCCCUCACUAAGGGAUGCCGCUGUCUGGAAAUUGAUUGCUGGGACGGGCCAGACAAGGAGCCUGUGGUUUAUCAUGGACAUACCUUAACAAGCAAAAUCAGCUUCAAGAGUGUCAUCAAUGUGAUCCACAAACAUGCUUUUGUGGCCUCCGACUAUCCCAUUGUUUUAUCUUUGGAGAAUCACUGCAGCCCUCCACAACAGGAGGUCAUGGCAACAUGCAUGCUAGAUAUUCUCGGGGACCAACUGGUUACUUCAACAAUUGACAAUGAGAUGCCAACAGAGCUGCCCUCCCCAGAGGAUAUGAAGUUCAAAAUAAUGAUAAAAAAUAAGAAAGUUGGACCCCUGGAGGACACCCUUAAGCGGAGGGGAUCCGCCCAUAAGGGUGAUGUAAUGGAGACUGAAAAUACUUCAGAAUCAGAUGAGGAGGACGAAGAUUCACCUUUGCUCAAGAAACCUCCAGGUCCUAAGGCACCACCAAAAAAGAAGGAUAAGCACCAAAAGGUUCAAGUGGCGAUGAUGUUGUCAGAACUCGUGAUCUACACCAGAUCCCGCAAGUUUUGCAGCUUUGAAGAUUCAAAACAGAAGCAGAAAUUUUAUGAAAAUAAUUCCAUCGGAGAAGUGAAAGGGCAAAAGCUCAUUAACAAGAUGGCCAAAAAUUUCGUCUUGCACACGACUCGGUUCAUCACGAGAAUUUACCCCAAAGGAACACGGACAGACUCUUCAAAUUACAAUCCCCAAGAAUUUUGGAACGUUGGUUGUCAAAUGGUGGCUCUAAAUUUCCAGACACCAGGAACACAGAUGGACCUACAAAAUGGGAAAUUUAUGGACAAUGGUGGCUCUGGCUACAUUUUAAAACCAGAGUACCUGAGAAAGAAAAACACGCAGUACAAUCCAUUUGAUGUCAUUGGGAAAUACAAUCCAGUUACCCUUACAAUCAAGAUUAUUAGUGGUCACCAGCUGCCUCCUAGUAAUCUGUCCAAGAGUAAUAAGGCUGAUCCUUUAGUCAAAAUAGAAGUUCAUGGUGUUCCUGAAGAUAUGGCAAAGCACCAAACUUCUGUCAUAAAAAACAACGCUUUUAAUCCUAGAUGGGAUGAAACGUUCACCUUAACCCUCCAAGUACCAGAUCUUGCCUUGAUACGCUUUGUGGUAGAAGAUCGAAUGGCUAUAAUUGCCAAUGAUUUCCUUGGCCAAUAUACGGUGCCAUUUACAAGUAUGAAUAAAGGUUACCGCCACUGCCCACUGUUUUCCAAACUUGGUGUUGCCCUAAGUCCAGCCUCUCUGUUUGUGUAUGUUUGGUACCAUCAGGAAUAA